AUGGGGUCCUCCUUCAGUGCGGAGCUGAGCGACACACGGGAACUUGCUAGCGUCUUCCUUGACACCUUUGGCCGCGAAUAUGAGAAGCUCUACAUGUGGUUCAUGGUACAACGUGUGCGGAAGGCGAUGCAGCACGAGUCCGAGACUAGCAACGGGAAUACGGUGGCGUGGAGGCUGUAUCGCGCCCCGGAAAUCCCUACACAGGUCAACGACCGUGAUCAAUUCAUGGCGGCGAAGCUGAGUAAGCACUGGAAGCAUUGGAAGCCCCGCUUCUUUGUCCUUCGUGGUGACUUUCUUCUGGACUACUACGAAUCCCGCAAUGAUUACCUGGAAGGAAGGCAUUCGUUAGGAACCAUUAACCUUGGUAGCGUUGUGGUGAGCUGCAAUGCCACGCAGGCUACAGAAGAGCGGCUGGAUCGAUUAGCCGCUGCUUUUUCUGUUGCCCGCAGCGAAGUGCCACCGCCCGAAACGUACCCGGAACUCACCGUGGAGUUGUACCACCCACGGCGUGCCACUAUUUACCUUCAGUUUCCAGUGCGGGAUCGCUACGAUGUGUGGUGUGGCUUUUUUCAACAGAUCCAUUGGCUGACGGAGCGCGUGACAACGAAGGACAGGCACCAUCAACGGGCAUUUAUUGAGGCACUUCGCCGCGCCCGCGUAAUGUGCGGGCUCCCAGACUCGCUUGAGUUCAGUGGGCUUGAGGCGGUAAUCCUGCAGGAUGCCAUUAAUGAACUGGUCGAUACUCAAGUUGUUCCAAAGCUUUUGCUGACAAUGUCUGGCAGCUCCUGGAAGAAUCGCAUGUCGCAGCUAAAUUUGUUUAUUGAGGCCUCCGAUGAAUUAUUGCGGAAAUUUGUAUGGGGAAAAUGGCACGCAAUGCAGGGAAAAACGUGCGUCCAUAGAGUAAUGGUGGAGGCGCGGGUGCGAGACAACAUGGAGAAGUUAAACGCCUUUGAGGAGCCCCUUCGAGAGGAGGUGCACAACUACAUGAGCGGUGAGACCAAAUUGUUUUUGGAGGCGCAGGUGGAGGAGCCGUUGAGGAAGCUUGCAACCAAAGUGGUAUCACCGCUCUGCGCUGUGUAUGCCACCUUGCCGAGGAUAUACGAGGCGUGCGUGUCGCAGGGCAAGGUUCACUAUGAGCCGAGGGGUGACCGCAUGUUCCUCGCUUCGCAGUAUAACUGCAUUGGGGAGUGCUACGAGGCGGAGCGGAGGCUCUGGCAGCUGCACGAGCCAAUUGCCUCCAUGAAGGGGGUGUUCAACGGCCUUGUCUAUGAGUGGCGUGUGAUCCAAGACGCUGCGGUCAUGCCAUUGCGCCGCAUCAUCGCCAACGGUAUUUUUACGUUUGAGACACUCUUUGAGCGCGAUAAAAUUCGGCGGCCGUGGGAUGCCGUGCUGCGCGAGGUUGGCGGCUUUUUGGAGGACGACGCCCACACGAUGGCGCGGGACUCUCUUAUUGCACUGCUUUAUGAAACGGCGGUGAACUUUUUCCGCGACGAACAUGUGAAGCCGUCGCUGAAGCGACUGAAGGCGACGAUGAUCGCCCCGCUUGAGAGCCGCGUGCCGGACGAUCUCCGCCCGUUUAUCCUUGGCGUGCAGGAGGUUGUCGCGGACGUCCUUGAGGGUGACUUGCGCGACAUGUGUCGUGACAUCGCCGAAUACGCCAUCAGGAGGGCCGCAUGA